ACUGCCAAUGGGUUUUCUGGGUCAACUUCAGAGGUCAACAAUUUUCAGAAAGUAAAUGGGAGGUGAUGGUGUGGGUACAGACGUUUGGUUACGAUGUCACGGGAUAAACUUGAACGUUGAAGAUAUUUCCGCAGAGAGUCAGUUAUUUGUUGUGAUGGUUUGCGUCUGACAAUAAACACAAAAAAUGGGGGAGAUCGGCACCAUGUUAUGGGUCGGUCUGGCUGUAGUCCUAUUCCUAGCCACGUUUGGUGUCCUGUCACCAUUUCUUCUAGUCUUCUACAUUGUGGCUUUCUUUGGAGGGGGCGUGACUGUUCUGUACAAUGUAUUUUCAAAGAAAGAGAGCCAAGCUGCUUUGGAGAGAAUCACUCCCAACUCCAAGCUGGAAAAUGAGACAAUAGGCCUAGGCAAGCUUGUCGAGAGGUUACAGGAAACCCCUCGCACCUACAAGAGCGAUAAGAGACUGACGGGAGCCAAGAUAAUCGACGGCCAGUUGCAAGAGGUUUUGCUCCUUGGUUUCCGCGAUUACAUCCACCCCUGGUACCAUCAUCUCAGUGACGAGGGACAGUUCUUGUACGAAGUCCGACAGUGCACGCAGAGUUGCAUCAUCAACUUAGCCACAAAAUCAAAAGAGGUCGAUUGGGUUCACUUUUUUACGCGGACAAUGGUCGACGACUUUGCGACGCAUGUACGAAUGUUUCGCCGGGCCCAAGACAAAGUUAAAAAAUCGUCACUCCCUAAAGACUCCUCAGAGCCCCCUCCGAGUCUGGAGUCGAUCUUCUUUGACUUUGAGGUGGAAAUGGAGAACGACAUAUGCCGGGAACUGAUCAGCAUGAACGAGGAUAAAGAACUAGAAUACCUCCAGAGUGUCGGCGAGAUCCUGCUGUUCCUGCUGGUGCCUGACACCGAUUUCCGCUGCAAGCCCUUUCGGUUGCUGAUGCGGGAGAUCAUCGUCUGUGAGGGCGUCAGGCCGCUGAUUGACAUGGUGACCGACCCGGACUACAUCAACCAGACCAUCGUGUGGCUGUGUGCCGACGUUCCGGUUACAACGGAAGCAUUCCUGACGGUUAUCAAGAUGUGCUGCAGCAUCGAGGAGCUGGACGCCGUCGUCGACAUCCUGGAAAACGAGAUUCACAAACAGCGAUCGCGAGAUGCAAACCGGUCAUACAAAGAUGAGUCGGAUUCCAAGCAGCAGCUGAACAGUUUACAGUAUUUGAAGCAGACGUGCAAUGAGACCAUCAGCAGGAUCCUGGCCGGAGAGGACAUCGACACGGCCGAAGAAGCGAAAGACCUUAUCGAUAGCGAGAGACCCGGCCAGGGGGAUGCUAGCAUCACAAUAUCACAGCAGAAUUCGGAUGAAGGGCUGUCCUUUACAAGGCUAUAUUCUCUGCCCCUCGACAUCAUCCUCAUUAAUAACAUAGCUGUGUCUUAUUUUAUUGAUUUCAUGCGCAACGUGAACGGCCAGGCCUACGUCUUCUUCUGGCACACGGUGGAAGGCUUCCGGGCAAUGGCGGAGCAGCAGCUGUCGGAGCUCCACCUCCAGCGACUCCAGCCGGCCAAUAAGAGGAAACAGGAGCACAACGUGAGCGUGGACAUGAUCCGCAAAGCGGCGCUCAACAUCUUCCAGGAGUACCUCGCCGAAGACGCAUCAAACCGAGUGAAGCUUGGGAAACAAAUAGUCCAGAGGACAUACCAAAGAAUAAAAUCUGAUGAGCUCUCAGACACUGUGUUUGACGACGCCCAGAGAAGAGUGCAUGAGAUCCUUCAAGAGGACAGGUUCUUCCCGGCAUUCAAGCAGAGCAGCUAUUAUGUCAAAUGCUUGGAGGAGCUGGACCUCUUAAAAGGUGACGACGACAGCGGCCGGCUUGGCGAUGAUGACAUGACACAGGUGGACUCGUCCCCGGAGAUCAGCAAUGCCGGGUCGUCGGAAGAUUUGUCAUCGAUGGGCAGCCAGGGUUCACUGGAGCAAGUAGGCCUGCCGUCGACCAACUCUUCCCCAGACAGUACGCCCAGCAUCACUGCAAACAUCACCCACUCAACUCUAGUCAAAGAAAAGGGAACAACGUACGCGGUGUACUCUAUCCACGUCACACGGACAGACAGCAAGGGGGUCACGGAAAUCUGGGACGUGUACCGGCGGUUCAGCGACUUCCACGACCUGCACAUGUGCCUGACGGAGCGCUUUGAGAACCUGGCCUCGCUCACACUGCCCAGCAAGCGGGCCAUCCGCAACACGGCCAAGAGCUUCGUGGACAAGAGGGGCAAAGCUCUGACGGUGUACCUCCAGACGUUACUUAACCCCGACGUGCAGAGCAACAACCCGGGCAUGCAAGCCGUUGUCUGCAACUUCCUGGAGCCCGGAGUCUACAACAGAAGCAAGGGACAGCUCGCAAGAAAGAUGGACCACAUCGUCAAUCCGCUCAAGACGGGCGUGCGGAACGUGGCCCACACCGUCCGCUCGGUGCCCAGCAACCUGGUAGACGGUGUUAACAUGGUGUCGGACAAGAUGACAGACAGCAUCAACAAAGUCUUCACCAACAAGUCUCGUGAUGAGGAUUUGGAGGACUUAGGACGAGUCUCCAAUGUCAUCAGAGCAGAUGACGAUGACAACAUUCCGUUGCGAAUCAUGCUCCUCCUGAUGGACGAAGUCUUUGAUCUCAAGAGCAAGGACCAGUGGCUGCGGCGUCAGGUGGCGACACUCCUGAGGCAGAUCAUCAAGGCGGCGUUUGGGAGUAAGAUCAACAGCAAAAUCGUUGAGAGUGUGGAGGACCUAACCUCACCAGAGCAAGUGGCAAACUACGUCAAGCAAUUCAGGGAAUCCUUCUGGCCGGGCGGUGUGUUGGCCGAGUCGUCACCGCAGCGGAGCGAGAACGUCAAGCUACGGACCCUGGUGGCCGCCAAAGUCAAGCUCUUCAGCGGCAUACCAGACGAGCUGAAGAAUUUCAUCGGCACUGACACCAGCCGGCGGGGGAUGCUUCGGCUGAUGCAGAUGCUGCAGAACCGCAUCCUGAACAAGCGCCUGCUUUACGUAGUGCUGGAGGGCCUGCUGACCGUCAUCUUCCGGGCCAACAAGUUCACCCAGAUCUUUCGCAAGCUACACGGCCAGUCACCCCGGGUGCGUCAGCGGCGGGGGAACAGUGGCAGCAGCAACAGCUCCGGCAAGCUGCUGCAAUCACAGAUGUCACAGCCGGCUGCCGCCGCUGCCGGCGGGAGCCUGCGACGGCGACACCUUGAGCGAUCCGACACCAGGUGACGCCCCCAGAGGAAGGAGCGGUCGUCGAUGGAACAGCCCCACCUCAUCUAUGCGCAGCUCGCUGUGCCAUCAGCUAUCAAUCCCCAGUCACUCACGGGGAGGAGGUACAAUUGAUGAAACAGACAUUUUUCAGUGAGUUGCUGGCCCAUUUGUAUUAAUCCAAAACAGGCCAGGUUUUGUCAGAUCUUCUCACACCUGGGGGGGGGAUAUCUCGGCUGUUGUAGGACCAAACAUUGCGUGCACUUAAAAACAUUCAAUAUGAGUACAUCUUUGAAGUUUCAAUACAAUCCACCAUUAGGUUUUGUCAUUACAAUCGUAGGCAUUCAACUGCUAACAGCGCUUCUGAUUUCCUUAAAGUUGGGAUCAAAAUGAUGCAAAGACAUCAGUGAAAAGUCUUACGAAUACUCUUCACAAGAAAACAGCACCGUGAUGAUUUCGGAGAAAACAAAUAGGGGUGGUUCCCCCUCUUGGCCCUUUGAGGAUUGAGUGACUGAAUAGAAGUCAUCAGAUUUUUCAGAUUACCAGUUGUUUUCAACUCUUAUUCAUGAAUCAUAGACAGGCAUCUCAAAUGUUUGGGCCAUGAUAGAGGAACAGGUGGUGUGCAAAGUGUACGGUCCUUUAACCCUAACAGUCCCGAAUGCUACAAAGUACUACUUCGUAGUGAAAUGUAGCACUCAGCCCUGUCGCUUGU